GUACUAUGAUUUGGUAUGUGGCCACUCUGAUAGCAAGUGUAUUCAGCACCAGAGGAACGGCCGCUCAAGGUGCCCACGGAGUGAGAGAGGAGCCCCGGUUUGUGACGGCGCGCGCUGGAGAGAGCGUGAUCCUGGGGUGUGACGUGUCCCCUCCCCUGGAUGGCCAGCAGCCUCCCUAUGUGGUGGAGUGGUUCAAGUUUGGAGUGCCUAUUCCCUUCUUCAUCAACUUUCGCUUCUACCCUCCUCAUGUGGAUCCAGAGUACACUGGUAGAGCCUCUCUGCAUGGGAAAGCCUCCCUACAGAUUGACCCAGUGCGCUCCGAGGACCAGGGCUGGUAUGAGUGCAGGGUCCUGAUGCUGGAGCAACAGUACGACACCUUCCACAACGGCAGCUGGGUGCACCUCACAGUCAAUGGUGAGUCACCUGCCUACGGUGCCUGCUGA